CUCCUCCUCCAGUCCUGCAGCACACAGUACGAGAAGGGGAUUUCCGUCCCGGAGCACGGCUUCUGCCAGCCCAUCUCCAUCCCCCUCUGCACGGACAUCGCCUACAACGAGACCAUCAUGCCCAAUCUGCUUGGGCACACCAACCAGGAGGACGCUGGGAUGGAGGUCCACCAGUUCUAUCCGCUGGUGAAAGUCCAGUGCUCCGUGGACCUGAAGUUCUUCCUGUGCUCCAUGUACGCGCCGGUCUGCACGGUCCUGGAGAAGGCCAUUCCGCCCUGCAGGUCGCUGUGUGAACGGGCCCGGCGGGGCUGCGAGGCGCUCAUGAACAAAUUUGGCUUCCAGUGGCCGGAGAGGCUACGCUGCGAGAGCUUCCCGGUCCACGGCGCGGGAGAGAUCUGCGUGGGUCAGAACAGGAGCGACGGCGAGGGCCCCGCGUCCGACCCGCCCCCCGUCCCGCCCGUGCUCGCGACGGCCCUGCCGGACGUGCGGACCGGCCGGCCCUUCUCCUGCCCCCUGCCGCUUCAGGUGCCCCCCCACCUCGGCUACCACUUCCUGGGGGCGAAGGACUGCGGCGCCCCCUGCGAGGCCUCCCAGCCCGGCGGGCUGAUGUACUUCCGCGAGGAGGAGCUGAAGUUCGGGCGACUCUGGGUUGGAACCUGGUCCGUCCUGUGCUGCGCGAGCACCCUCUUCACCGUGCUCACCUACCUGGUGGACAUGAGGCGCUUUCGCUACCCGGAGAGACCGAUCAUCUUCCUGUCCGGCUGCUACUUCAUGGUGGCGCUGGCCUACACCGCCGGCUUCCUGCUGGAGGACAAAGUGGUGUGUACUGACAGGCUGGAGGAGGACAACUACAGGCUGGUGGCCCAGGGCACCAAAACAGAAGGCUGCACCGUUCUGUUCAUGAUCCUGUACUUCUUCGGCAUGGCCAGCUCCAUCUGGUGGGUGAUCCUGUCCCUCACCUGGUUCCUGUCAGCCGGGAUGAAAUGGGGCCACGAGGCCAUCGAGGCCAACGCGCAGUACUUUCACCUGGCGGCGUGGGCGGUCCCGGCGGUGAAAACCAUCACCGUCUUGGCCGUGGGGCGGGUGGAGGGAGACCUGCUCACCGGCGUCUGCUACGUGGGAAUCUACGACGUGGACGCCCUGCGGGGCUUCGUCCUGGCGCCGCUGUUCGUCUACCUCUUCGUGGGCACUUCCUUCCUGCUGGCGGGCUUCGUAUCGCUCUUCCGCAUCCGCACCAUCAUGAAGCACGACGGCACCAAGACGGAGAAGCUGGAAAAGCUGAUGGUGCGGAUCGGUGUGUUCAGCGUGCUGUACACGGUGCCCGCCACCAUCGUGGUCGCCUGCUACUUCUACGAGCAGGCCUUCCGGCCUCAGUGGGAGAGGACGUGGCGCAUGCAGACGUGCAAGCGCUUCGCCGUGCCGUGCCCGGGUGGAAGCUCCGCGCCGCUGACGCCGGACUUCACCGUGUUCUUGAUCAAGUACCUGAUGACCAUGAUCGUGGGGAUCACGUCCAGCUUCUGGAUCUGGUCGGGAAAGACGCUGCAGUCGUGGCGCAGGUUUUAUAAGAGGAUGAGCGACAGCAACCAGGGAGAGACGACGCUGUAGAGCCGGCGGAGGAGGGGCCCGAACUUCACCCCCGCAGGGAGACGGGUGUUGUGCUCAGCGAGCCUUGGACGGAGAAGGACUCUUGCGAACGCUCGAGGACCCCGCUGUGCCGUUUCUCCACCUGUAGCGCUUUAAGGUUUCUGCCUGUACACUGACUGAGCCUCCGACGAACUCGGGCGACGCUUUCUUUUUCAGGUGUGUAGCUGCCCUGGAAGGUGGAGGCCUCCCGGAGAAGAAAUGUGAUUUGAUACGAUUCAGCUAACGUCAUUAUCAAUGAAUCUGUUGAUUGUUUCUCAGUUAAUUUGUUUAGUCCUUAAAAUGUUGGUGACGU